CCUUAAAAUUAAUACCAUUUCAUCGCCAACGAAGCAUUUUUUUCACAGCUUCAAUCGGCAACUGUUUUCGCUGAUGCAUCCUCUUUAAUUUAGAAUCGAGAAUCAAACUUGUAAGCUUUGUGUGAAACCGGCAAAGGGAUUUGAAUCGUAAUAAUUCACCGACUGGUUCCGCACCGAACAGGAAAAUUUCUGAUGCAAUAUAUUCGCAUUCCUUUUCUUUAGAAAAGGAGAGGUCUCGAGGGGCUUCAAUCAUUUCUGGUCGGUAUAAACGUAACAAGGAAAUUCUGGUAGAACCAUGGCAAUGAAUCUUCUAGGUAACCGAGUUGUUCGUGGCGAAGAUUGGCAAUGGGGAAACCAAGAUGGAGGAGAAGGUUUUGUAGGGACAGUAGUUCAAGUCGGACGAGACAAGAAGUCGCCUAGUACAGCACAGCUUGUUUACGUACAGUGGGAUUGUGGAGCGAGGGCGAACUAUAGGGCUGGAUUCCAAGGGAAACACGAUCUUCGUGUACUCUGCCUCACAAAUGGCGAUGCGAAGCAUCUGGGUGUUAGCUGCGAUGGUUGUAAAGAAGAUCCUAUGAUUGGACUGCGCUGGCAUUGUUUAGAUUGUCCUAACUAUGAUCUGUGUAGCAAAUGUUACAUGAACGAUGUCCAUGAUCUCAAUCAUCGCUUUGAACGAAUCGACAAAAGUCGUACAAAAGGGGUUGACCUCAAGUGUACUUCACCGGCGGUUGGAGGAUAUUUUUACAGAGAUCACUUACCACCCCUCACAAUGCAGAUAAGGAAAUCCCAAAGUGGGUUUUCGACUGGUGACAAAGUCUACCUUCAGAAGCUUACAACCAAAAAGCUUCAGGAGCUAUCCGCUGGUCAUGGGGAGUGGAACCCACAAAUGGAAAGGUAUACAGGAAAAAUUGGUGUGGUGCAAGAUUUCACAGCCAAUGGUGAUGUUGUUGUAGAGUACCUCGACAGAAGAUGGAUUUACAAUCCAGCAGCUUUGACAAAGGUACAACAAUUUAAGAAAGGCGACGAAGUCGUUGUCAAAAGUGAUAAGAACUUAGUCAAAGAGCUCCAAAAAGAUCAUGGAGGAUGGAACGAGGCUAUGAUAUCGAUAGAUGAGCUGGAGAGUGGUCACACAGCUCUUCAUGUAGCAUGUCACCAGGGGCACUGUGACAUCAUCAGAGAACUGCUUGAGAGAGGAGCUAAUAGAGAUAUAUUGGAUUAUCAGGGAUACACAGCCAUGCAUCACUCUACCUACCAGGACAGAACCGGUGAAGCAUUGAAACUGUUACUAGAAAAAGGUUUUGACCCAAAUGCUCGACACUUAAGCAACAGGAGCACACCCUUGCAUUUGGCUGUGAAAAUGAAAAACGAAACGGCAGUUAGGAUCCUGACACAGUGCCCUGAGUGUAAUGUUGAUCUACAGGACGAGGCAGGUGAUACCCCACUCCACGUUGCCAUCCUUUUAGAACAUCACAGCAUAAUGGAUAUGCUGUUGGACUGCCCAAGAAUUUGUCUCACUCUUUGUAACAGAAAAGGUUUCAAUUAUCUUCAACUCGCUGUAUUAAAGGGAAAUAAACGGUAACUGCCACUNAGUAGUGCGUCCUUUGUCGCUGUCUCACGCUGCUUGUUAAGCUAUGGAGCUAAUGUGUUCAAAAUCAAUGGCUCAGGGGAAACACCGCUGGACAGAUGUCGAGGAUCGGAAGUUGAGCAACUCAUUCGAGAGAUUGCAACAUGUGGAGGGACUACAAGCAACAAAAAAGUUCCAAGUUUUGGGUUAUCCAGCGAAUCGCAAACCGAACCUGAAGUAGAUGGUGCUUCGUCUUCUGCAAGUGUGGCAACACUGAUAGACGAGACUGAAAAUAGUGAUGAAAAUCAAACAGAUAGCGCGAGUAGCACAGAUCAGGCAGAGAAUACGUUUUUAGGGCGGCUAAUGAGCGACAUCUGCAGUGGAGAUCAACAAGAAUCAGCAUUAGUGGAGAUAUCAGACGAGAUGGAAAGUGACGAUUCCAAGGUAGGCGAAACAGCUGAAGGUAUAUCACAAGAAAAAGCCCUCGUGCAAAACGUAAUGGAAGAAGACAUAUUGUAUCAAAGGAAAAGUUUCACUUCAGGGGAAAAUAUUGUUGAUCAAUAUAAACCAUCAAUCAUUAAUGUCAAUGAAACACAUCUUGACGAUUCUAUCUACUCAAAUGAAAUUGUUGACAAGGGGUAUACGAUCUUCAGAAAAGACAGGAACAUGCAUGCUGGAGGAGUACUAUCAGCUUUUUCAUCUGAUCUAAUAGUCUCCCAAGAGCAUGAAUUAUCUGGAAAUUAUGAAGGGAUCUGGUCUAAAUUGGAAAUUGCUGGUAUGAAGCCCCCCUAUAUUGGCUCAAUUUAUCGACCACCGGAUUCAGAUAUCAACUCAUUGGAGGCAUUAGAUUAUGCUUUGUGUCAUUUAUCUGAAAAAUCUCGUCCAACCUUACCCAAUGUUUUGUUGACCGGUGAUUUCAACUUGCCUGGCAUUUCGUGGUCUGAUGAUAAUUAUCUCAUACAAUCCAGCUCAUCAUAUUGUCUUAAGGUAAACAACAAGUGGCUGGACAUUAUCAACGAUCACUCCUUGACUCAACAUGUUAAGAAGCCAACAAGGGGUGACAAUAUCCUUGAUUUAGUCUUUUCCACUAAUCCAGAUAUGAUAUCCACUGUCAAAAUUGAAUGUGGAAUGAGUGACCAUGACAUUGUUGUCUUUUACGAACAAAUUGAUAAUAUACCAUCACUUGGCCCUAGCCCUUAUCCAGACAUUCCAUCUUCUGUGUUUGAUGUAUCAGGCAUAAUCAAACUACUGGCCAAUAUCAAUCCUAACAAAGCUAAUGGUCCUGACCUUAUUCCGUGCCGGGACGAGGCAGGUGAAACCCCACUCAAUUAUGCCAUCAUUUUACAAAACCACAACAUGGUUGAUAUGCUGUUGGACUGCCCAAGAAUUUGUCUCACUCUUUGUAACAGGAGAGGUUUCAAUUAUCUUCAACUUGCUGUUUUAAAGGGAAAUAAACGCGCCGUGGAAAGAAUUUUUGCCAAAACCGGAAAUUCCUUGAAUGUUGCCAAAGAUGAUGGAUAUACAACCCUUCAUAUUGCAGCAUUGAAUGAUCACCGGGAGAUAGCUAAGAUGCUUUUAAAAAAGCCGGGAUGUGACAUCAAUGCUCCAACCGCUGCAAAUCAAUCGGUGCUUCAUUUAGCCGCCUAUAAAGGGUACCCAGUCAUGGUAGAAAUGUUGCUGGACCACGGAGCCAGUGUGAAUGCGGUGGAUAAUGACGGAGAUACGGCACUUCACAUCACUUUAAUGAAGGAAAGAAAUCUGCGAGUAAUGGUAAAUGAGCUCAUAAACUUCAAACUGUCGAGCUGUUUCUGCCCUUUUGUGGAAAAUGUAAUGGAAGAAGAGACAUCGUGUCAGGAGAAUAUUGUCUUGGAAGUUACCAAUCAAGUCGAAGCCGAAACCUGGGCCCCAGACAUCUCAAACAGCAGCGUCGUCGAAGCUGUAGAAAUAGAAGGGAAUAACACCGACACAGAAAUGAGUGAUAGCAAGAUCCUACAAUCACAAACACAAUCUCAAGACCACGAUGUAGAUAUGGGUCAGGAGACAGAAAAUGAAGACAAAAAUCCGUCGACCUCUGAUGAUCAAAAAUUGCUGUGUUACAUUUGUGAGGAGAUUGAGGCUGUUGUUGCAUUCAAACCCUGCGGCCACACUUUUGUAUGCAUAGAAUGUGCAGCUCGAUUGAAGAGAUGUUUGGAAUGUAAAACGCCUAUUACUGGUAAAGGAACGAGAGGUAACUUGCACAAAUGAUCAUGAUGUUUCUAAUCUUUAGAUGUUGUCCUUCGCUGGCGGGGCGAGGCCGAUGCAA